GAUACUCAUGACUAUGCAAUGCAACUAUUAUUAAGAAAACUAAACGUUUUGUAACCACUGCAAGAAAAGUAAACAUUUGAAGAGGCAAAUGUGAUAUUAUUAUUGUGUCUUAUUUAUACUAAAGGAGUUGGUUUCGGUUCAGCUUCAACUUCUUUGUUAAGUUACCGUUUUGCAAUUGAAGAAUAUGAGUUCACAAGAGAACAAAGAAUGUUUGCCCCCACCACCUCCCAUUGUUCCACCCAAUGUUAAACCAAUAAAGAUAGAACAGGAGCAUUUAAAGAAGAAGCUUCCUACUAAGGCUCCAAUGGCUAGGCGUGGCCUAGGGACGAAGGGAGCUAAACUGCCUUUGUUAACAAAUCACUUUGAAGUGAAUGUUGCUAACACAAAUAGGGUUUUCUUUCAGUACAGUGUUGCUUUGUUUUAUGAAGACGGACGUCCUGUUGAAGGGAAAGGCGCCGGGAGGAAGAUAAUUGACAAAGUUCAAGAAACAUAUGAUUCCGAGCUUAAUGGAAAAGACCUUGCUUAUGACGGGGAGACCCUGUUCACAAUCGGCUCUCUAGCUCAGAAAAAGCUCGAGUUCAUUGUUGUUGUUGAAGAUGUCGCUUCAAACAGGAACAAUGCGAACACCAGCCCUGAUAAGAAGAGGAUAAGAAAAUCAUACCGUUCGAAGACUUAUAAAGUUGAAAUCAACUUUGCUAAGGAAAUUCCUCUGCAGGCCAUUGCCAAUGCCUUAAAGGGGCAUGAAGCUGAGAAUUAUCAAGAAGCCAUUAGGGUUCUUGAUAUUAUCUUGAGACAACAUUCUGCCAAACAGGGCUGUCUGCUUGUGCGCCAAAAUUUCUUUCACAACGACCCAAAUAAUUUGAAUGAUGUUGGAGGUGGUGUACUUAGUUGCAAAGGGCUGCAUUCCAGCUUUAGAACCACACAAAGUGGAUUGUCUCUGAACAUAGAUGUGUCGACAACCAUGAUUGUACGUCCUGGGCCUGUGGUUGACUUCCUAAUUGAAAAUCAAAAUGUGAGAGAUCCUUUCAGUCUUGACUGGAAUAAGGCUAAAAGGACCCUCAAGAAUUUGAGGAUCACAGCUAAACCAUCUAACCAAGAGUACAAGAUAACCGGGCUGAGUGAAUUGUCGUGCAAAGACCAGCUGUUUACCAUGAAGAAGAGAGGUGCUGUGGCUGGAGAGGAUGAUACAGAAGAGAUCACGGUUUAUGAUUAUUUCGUUCAUCGGCGAAAAAUUGAUCUACAGUACUCUGCUGGUCUUCCAUGUAUUAAUGUUGGGAAGCCAAAACGACCUACUUAUAUCCCAAUUGAGCUUUGCUCAUUGAUAUCCCUGCAACGAUACACCAAAGCCCUCUCCACAUCUCAACGAUCCUCCCUUGUGGAAAAGUCGAGGCAGAAGCCUGUAGAACGGAUGAGGGUCUUGUCUAAUGCGUUGAAAGCAAGCAACUAUGGCUCUGAACCAAUGCUACGUAACUGUGGCAUUUCAAUAACAUCCGAGUUCACCCAAGUUGAUGGGAGGGUUUUGCAGGCUCCACGGUUGAAGUUUGGGAAUGAAGAUUUCAAUCCCAGGAAUGGGAGGUGGAACUUCAAUAAUAAGAAAUUUGUAGAACCUGUUAGCUUAGGAAAUUGGUCUGUGGUGAACUUUUCUGCUCGCUGUGAUGUGCGAGGACUUGUGAGGGAUCUAAUAAAAUGUGGAGGAAUGAAAGGAAUUCUUGUCGAACAACCUAAAGAUGUAAUUGAAGAAAAUCGUCAGUUUAAAGGAGAACCACCUGUGUUUAGAGUUGAGAAGAUGUUCGCGGAUGUGUUAAAACUCUCGAAGCGUCCUAGCUUUCUGCUUUGUCUGCUUCCUGAGAGGAAGAACUCUGAUCUUUAUGGUCCAUGGAAGAAGAAGAAUCUUGCGGAGUUUGGAAUUGUUACCCAGUGCAUAGCUCCUACCAGGGUGAACGACCAGUAUCUGACCAAUGUUUUGCUGAAGAUCAAUGCAAAGCUUGGUGGGAUGAAUUCUUGGUUAGGCGUUGAACACUCUCGAUCCAUCCCUAUUGUGUCGAAAGUUCCUACUCUCAUUUUGGGCAUGGAUGUUUCUCAUGGUUCACCUGGGCAACCUGACAUUCCUUCAAUUGCUGCGGUCGUAAGCUCGAGGAAAUGGCCCCUGAUAUCUAAAUACAGGGCAUGUGUCCGAACUCAGGGUUCGAAGGUUGAGAUGAUUGACAAUCUGUUCAAGCCAGUGUCUGAUAAGGAAGAUGAAGGAAUUAUAAGGGAACUUUUGCUUGAUUUCUUUCAUAGUUCUGAAGAGAGACGACCAGAGAAUAUAAUCAUUUUCAGGGAUGGUGUUAGUGAGUCUCAGUUCAACGAAGUGUUGAACGUUGAACUCAGCCAAAUCAUCGAGGCUUGUAAAUUUCUUGAUGAAAAUUGGAACCCCAAGUUUAUGGUGAUUGUUGCCCAGAAGAAUCAUCACACAAAAUUCUUCCAACCUCGAUCUCCAGACAAUGUGCCACCUGGAACUGUUGUGGACAGCAAAAUUUGCCAUCCUAGGAAUUAUGAUUUUUAUAUGUGUGCUCAUGCUGGAAUGAUUGGUACAAGCAGACCAACACAUUAUCACGUUCUUUUGGAUGAGAUUGGUUUUUCUCCAGAUGAUUUACAGGAGCUUGUGCACUCUCUAUCUUAUGUUUAUCAGCGGAGCACCACUGCUAUUUCUGUCGUUGCUCCAAUCUGCUAUGCACACUUGGCUGCAUCUCAAGUUGGACAGUUCAUGAAGUUUGAAGAUAAGUCUGAAACUUCCUCGAGCCAAGGUGGUAUCAAUGCCUCCCUCAUCCCACAGUUGCCAAACUUACAUAAGAGAGUCUGCAAUUCCAUGUUUUUUGUCUGAGUUAAAUGAAGUAAUGAUCCAAACUAGUUAUUUUCUUGCACAAUAAAACUUAUUAGUGUUAGUGGUAAACUUUGUCGAUGUUUGUUGGCUCCAUUUGCUGAAAGGUCUUUGAGUACCUGUUGACAUUUUGGAUGAAUGUUAGUAUUUAUGUUUUGCUGAAAGGUCCCAAGUACUUCCUGACAUA